AGACGCUUGUGUGCGAAAGAAAGAACGUUUUUGAUAGGGAAGAAAGUAAAAGGUAGAAGCAGACCAUAUCCUAUAAUUUUUUUUCGGAGACAGAGGCAUGGGGGUAGGCUCAACCAUAAAGGGAUAUAGAAGAUAUGGUGGAAAAUGGAAGCAGUGCAUGCAUGGUAUGAACAUCAAUGUGUGCAUCACAAAUGAAAACAUGACAUCACAAACAUGCAUGUACUGCUUCUCCAAGCUGGACCAUCCCAUCCAUCGAAAGGUUAUAAAAGGCAAAGAAAUCAAGACAAAAGUCAAAGGAGCGUUCUUGUGCCGUAAUCCUGACUGUGUUUUGGUCUCAAAAAAGCUGCCAAGCCCAGAGAUAACCUGUCUGCCCUUGCAUGGGUCUUUCUGGCCUUUGCUCACUGCUCUUUCAGGAAACAUUUCCUGAACUAUCUGCUAAAAUCAGCCACUGUAGCACUGAAUUUAUAAACAAGACCGCAUCCUUCCUAAAUGCAAGAGAAUGCUGGGAUACUGGCCAUGAUGCCAGUAAUCGGGAUCGAGUUGUGACUUCUUAAUUGCGGUGGCAGUUUAACGUUCCCGAA